AUGGUUAAUGAGUUUAAGGAUGAUUCGUAUUUCCCUGUACCAAAAGAAACUGAUACAAUGCAAGAAAUUACAGUUGAUAUUAAUUGCCAGAAUCAUAGGGAAAUGCUAGAUGAUUUUAAGCCUUUUAGUAGUGAUGGAUAUCAGAAUAUGGGUGAGUUUGAAAGAGAGGUUGAAGCUGAAGAAGAACAUGAUGAAGAAGAUGAACAAGGGCAUGCAGAGGAUUCAAAAGAUGAUUCAGAAGAGCAUACAGAAGAAGAUGAUGAUUCUGACUACAUUGUUGACCCAGAAGCUAUUUUAGAUGACUGGGAGGUUGAUAUGAGAGAGUUUCACAGUUGUGUGGAUGAGGUUGAAUGGUUUGGACGAGGUCCAAACAUAGAAUUAGAUUUAAAUCAAGAUGAUGAUUUAGGUGUGAUCAACAAUGAUGACUUUGAAAGUGCAGGAUAUGAGGAAGAUCUAAGGAAGAGAAUGUUAAACAAAACCUGA